AUGGACGACGACUUAAGUACUAAUGAUGUGAGAACAAGCAUUCCAAUCGUUGCUGAAAUCAAUAUUACCGAAAACUUAGCAGCAGAAGUUGUCAAUCCCAUUGAGAUGGAAUUCACACCAAAAUUGAACAUGCAGUUUGACACUGAGGAUGAAGCAUAUGACUUUUACAAUGCUUAUGGGGGUAAAGUUGGAUUCAGUAUUCAUAAGAAUUAUGCAAAUAAAAGCCGAAAGACAAGAAAUAUUACAACAAGCAAGUUUUUGUGUUCCAAACAAGGUUUUAGAGUGAAGGACAAAAAGGAUAUCUAUACAAGAAAGCCCAGGGCUGAAACUCGAACUGGUUGUGGUGCACUGAUGCAAAUUAGAUAUGACUGCGAGAAGGGAAAGUAUGUUGUAUAUAAUUUUAUCGAAUCUCACAAUCAUCCUAUGAUAAUUGAAGAAUGCACACAUAUGAUGCCAUCACAACGAAGAAUAAGUGUUGCCCAAGUAAUUGAUGUGGAAUUGGCCUGCCAAUCUGGAGUUCCACUCGAUAAUGCAUUUGACUUAAUGAGCAGGCAGGCUGGUGGGAGGCAAUCAAUUAGCUACACCAAAGUUGAUCAACAAAAUUUUAUGAGGACCAGAAGACAGAGUGAGUUAGAAUACGGAGAGAAGACGUGGCUGAUAAAUUAUUUCAAAAUUCAAUCUUGUGAGAAUCCUUCAUCUUUCCACACCGUGCAGUUGGAUAGCGACGAAAUGAUAACUAAUAUCUUCUGGGCAUCCUGA